UUGUUGAAUUUGGUGUUGGUCAAUUAGCUGGAUUAAUUGAGCAGACAACAUCAAGUAAAGUAACUGAAGCAAGCCUGCUUAUGUUAUUUGGAGUAUCAGCUAUUACACCACUUGGUAUUCAUGCAUCUCCAGUACAUACUGGUAAUAAAGAAAUAGAUAAGACACCACAGAGUACAGAGUAUAAUGAAGAAGUACAGACCCAUCCAGAGGACCAGGAAUUAUUUGAAGAUGAAACCAAUUCAAGCCUAUCAGUGGUGAUAAACAGCGACAUAAUUCAAUUCAAGCUUCAGAAACUGAUGUGGACUAUAUCAUACGAAAAUUGA